CGACCUUGUUUCUCUCUGCUUCACUUCCACACCUCUCUCCCAGCAGCCUAUCAAUACAUCCACGACCUUGUUUCUCUCUCUCCCUCCAUUUCUCUGUCCAGGUCCUUGCAGGGCUCACGAUGGACCAACAAAGCCUCGUGGUGCUGGAGAAGGCCGUCGCCGCCGCCGUCGCCAGGGAAGGGGAUGCCGUCUGUGGUUGGGGGACGGAGGAGCAGGCGAGGGCGAUCAUACGCGCGGCCAAGAUGGCGCUCGAGGAGGCCGCCGCCAUGGGGGAGUCCCCGUCGCUCCUGAGGUCGCUGGAGCGGUUCCUCGCGCAGAGGAGAUCGGACCAGACGACCAUGGCGCCGGCGCCGGCGGUGGACGUCCAACCGGACGGCGGGGAUUCCACCGUCUCCGCGGCCUUGCGAGAUCUGGCAAUUAACUAGGGUAGGAAUAGGAUAGCCGUUCCUUGAAGGAAAAGUUAUUCCUGGAAUUCGAUGUCUAUUUUCAGCUCAUCUAAUUUGUUCCUUCUUCCAAUUUCGUUGUAGCGCAACUUUCGAGUAUUUUCGUUUUCUACCGUCGUCAGAGAUUCUGCCAUAUUGUUGUUGCUUCAAUGCCUUGUUGGUUUUGUGCGUGAAUUGUGGCUCUAUAUGUUAAUUAGGCUCGUAAAUGGUUUCUUUUUUUAUUUCAA